AUGCCUAUCUCCAUCAGCAUUAUCCAGACAGGCAAGAUAAAGUGUCGCCCCUCAAUGCUCCAGCAACCAGCAGACCGACCAAUCUGGCUUCGUCGCCUGCACGUCCUCACAGACCGGUCCUGGGCUGAACCCAUCCCAGUCCAAGUCUUCCUUAUCUCCCACCCUGAAGGCUACAUUCUUUUCGAUACCGGAUUAUCUCCUCACACCAAAGACAGAGAUUACUUUCCCUCAUGGAUGCCCACAUUUCAUCUCACGAGCAAAUUCGAUAUCAAUGAAAGCCAGGGGAUCGGCGUUCAGCUGCAGGAAAAGGGCAUCGAACCAAAAGAUUUGAAAGCAGUCGUUAUAUCACAUCUCCAUUACGACCACAGCGGAGGCCUUCCUGAUCUCAUCGACGCCCCGAUUUUCUUGCUCGAAGGCGAUUACGAAGCAUUCAAAGAGCCAGUUCACGCCACGUUCGAAGGAGCAACCCCGCGUCAAUGGCCAAAGAACUUCCACCCUUCUUUCCUAAAAGAAAGCAAUUCACAUAUCGGGCCGUUCGAGCAAAGCUACCCUAUCACUGCUGAUGGGAGAGUAGUAGCUGUUCAAACUCCAGGACAUGUACCUAGCCACUGUUCGCUCGUGGUUUUCGCCGAGGAUGCGACAUACUUCCUGACUGGCGAUGCGACGUAUAGCCAAGAAUAUCUGGAUAACGAGCUUACCGAUGGUGUAAAUGAGACUCCGAUGCAGGCUAUCGAGACACUCAAGAAGAUCAAGGAGCUUGCGAGGCAAAUGCCACUCGUCAUUCUUCCGGCACAUGAUAAGAACAGUCCCAAGCGAUUGCAAGAGAGGGUUGCCUAUAAGCCAACGGCAAUUUGA